AUGAACUGUGACGCGCUGCACGCGGCUUGGUGGACGCUGACCUCAUGCUCGUUGAACGCGUACUCCUAUGAGAUAGGCGUGCGAUAUGCGAGAGAUGCAGGCCAGCUUAUCAGCUUCGUCCAAAUGCUGGGCGUUGCACUACUCACGACGCCGCAGGCGGCUCGUGAGCUCCGCACCCACUGGCGUCAGCAGCAGAGGUACCGCCUGCACAGCCCUCGCACGUGGGCGCUCUUCAUGGGUUAUUUUCUCACUUUCUAUGGAACGGCGUUCCUUAUAAACCUCUCUGUUGAGCUGGGCGUAUCUAUCCAGCUCGUGCACGUCUCCCGUGCCGGCACGCUAGUUGCGACGUUGAUUCUAUCCGUGAUUUUCCAGCGAAAACGCUACACCGCAGUGCAGUAUAUUUGCGUGCUUCUCGUGUCCGCUGGGCUGGUGUGGGCGGCUCUUGCCCUGCAGGCAACCGGGACACUGAGUCAGUCGAGGCGGGAUGCACUCAGGGCAUCGGCUUCCCUCUGGGUAGGUAUCUUUCUGCUUGUGGUGAACUGCUUCCUUUCACCCGUCAUGGGGAUACUACAACAGCUUUUGAUUGCCCCGAGACCUGGUGCUACUGGCGAUACUCUUACCAGGUCAGAGCUGCUAUGCAUGCAGCACUGGGUGGCUGUGCUGCUUUUUCUAAUACAGGCGCAGGAGAUGGAGCAGGCAUCCCUCGUGAAAAACAUGAAACUUCUCUGGCGUGCACCAGUGCCGCUAUCCGGUGCUGGCGGCGGAACUCCUGGUGAGCUGCUUCUCAUGGUGAACACCAUGACACAGUAUUUAUGUAUGCGAAGUGUGAUCCAGAUGCAGGUCACCAGCCGUAGCAUCCUCUAUGUUCAGCUUGUAACCGCGCUCCGGAAACUAGCGAACUUUUUGCUAAGCGCGCAGCUUUUCGGUACGAAGAUGCACGGCUUCCAAUGGAUGUCCUUGCUGCUCGUCUUUGGAGGAACGCUGGGCUAUGCGCUCUCGCAAGACGAUUCCCCGGAUGUGCAAAGAAGCCAUAAGAUACCGAGAAAGAAUCUCGCUUUAUGA